AUGUCUCUCGCGUUCCACUGCAGCAAAACAUGCCUUCUUCUGUGCGUUCGCAACAAGCGUUACGCUUUCAUUCCAAACGCCGACCCCUGCGUCGACACUGCCAUAGAACACUGCCUGCACGCCACCCCACCCUCGCGUCACGUCAUUCGCGACCGCUCUCUCACUCCUUAUAAAGAACGCGAUGUCAGUGCAAAGCCUUCUCUCCGUUUCGGGCUCUCGAGUCUCGGGAAACUCUUGAUGGCGGCGGCCGCGAUCGCCAACGUGGUCAAGUCGUCGCUCGGACCGAUCGGAUUGGACAAAAUGCUGGUCGACGACAUCGGGGACGUGACCAUCACGAACGACGGCGCCACCAUUCUGGGCCUGUUGGAAGUGGAGCACCCGGCGGCCAAAGUGCUCGUCGACUUGGCGCAACUGCAGGACCAGGAAGUG